AUGCCUCAUACCAUCUCCCCCAACCCUUCCUCGCAAGGACUCGGAAUCUCAUUCUCAACACUCUCACCACCUCCCGCUGAGCCUCAACUUCCUCGAUACACCGGCAUUGUACCCAAGCCCUCACAAUCCUCGCCAUCUCGACUUCCGUUAGCCAACCAACUAGGUCCUCGACCUCAACCUUCGCCCACUCGCGGGGCACCUGCACCUGCGUUUCAACUUCGACCGACGCAUACAAGGCAAGGUAGUAGUAGCAAUAAAGGAUUUACCAGCUUCUCCGCCAUUCCGCCUAGUCCAGCUAGACCCAUGGGCCCGAGAUCCGUAGGUGUAUAUUCCCCUAAGAUCGGCGGACCGUCUACUAGAAGCGAAUCGGAACAUAGUCACAAUGUCACUUUAGAAUCAGCUAUAGAUCCGCAAUAUGCAGAUGAAGAAGAAGUUGAAUCAGAAGCUGAAGAAGCUGGAUCCCAGCAUGGCAUGGAAGAUGAAACGCCCAAGCAAUCGUUACGACCUCUGCCAACGCCUACGCGCAGUGCUUCUAUCGCUUCGCACCUCACUACUGCAAGCAAGCAGAUAUCAGAAGACAUGAAGAGGAAGUUCUCGAAGAGUUCAGGAGGAGAUACUUUUGGUGGUGGUGGAUCAGGCAAAUAUCUACCCCUCUCUGGGGAAGAUGAUCUUGUGCAUGAGAACGAGCUAGAGCAAGAGCAGGAAUCGAAUUUUGGGCAUGGAUCGGACAUGGCACGAGAACCAUCUUCGACUAAUGUAGAGGCUUCGCCAAUGGACUUGCCUGUACCUCAUCUUAGAAGGCCCUCGACAAGUAUUUCCAAUGGAUCAGCUCCUUCAGGUUCGAGAUCGGAAUCGAUGGCAGCCUCACCAUCCAAACUUUCAUCACAAUCUCACCAGUCCUCCGGCUCACACUCCACCUAUCAAACUAGACAAUUCCCUUAUCCACCGACGAACAACCACCCUCCUCGGUCAGCUACAACCUAUUCAGAUCCUACCAACGGCAACAACCACGCAUAUCAUCAAUACCAGGCUUAUUCUCAGGAAUACCUCCCACCUCAGGAUCGUCAACAGAUGUCCAGAUCGAAAUCACAACCGCAAUAUUUAUAUGGUGUACCCGAAUUGGAUGAUAUGACGGACCGACCUCAACCUCAGGCCCAGCAUCGGAAAGAUCCACCGAUGAUGGUCAAGCGAACAUCCGACAUUUCCUCUGGGAUUCAUUCGAAGAAUGCUGUGCUGCUCUCCGCCGAAAAUGGCGGAAUGAUGUUGGCUUUUUCACCUACUGGCGAUGGGACUUUCCGACCUGGUGAGAUGAUUUGCGGAUCGGGUACAGGCCUAUUACCUUCUGUUCAGUCUCCCGCUUCUAUCGAAAACCAACAUAGUAGUAGGGCUUCGUCCGAGGAGGAUCUCAGAGCGAGACCAUGGAGUGAAAGUUCCAUGUCUCAUGAGAAUGGUCUAGCGAGAAAACCGACUAUGUUAGGAAAUAGAGGUAGGAGUCUCUCUGAUGGUGCGCAGCUUCUAGCGAGACAGGGCACAUUGUUACAUCCCUCUUCGUCCAAGCAGCGUUCCUCGGCGGAAUUGAACGUAUUAUUAGGUGGACCUAAAUCAAGGAGAUUAUCGACGAAUAAGCUCUUGCCUCCUCCACCGACUGAGGAAGAUGACCGUGCAAAUUCGUGGCAAAAGGAUAACAAAGUCCGACUGGAGGCUAGUAAGAAAGGCAAAGCGAGGGUGGAAGUUGACGUGGUACUUGAACGAGAGUGUGUAGUGGAAGGUGGCGAAGUCAGAGGUAGAAUGGAAGUGAAAAUCACUGGUGGCAAACGAGGAGAGGGUUUGAGAGUGGGUGGUGGAAAGGUCAGAGUGGUUGGUUUCGAAGAACUGUCCGCCACCACUCGACAUAUCUUCUACCACCAACCGCACCCAUUACCAGUCUUCGACCCGGAUAUCCAGCACAACCUCUCUUCUUCUCUAUUCGCUUCUGGACCUGACUCCGAUGGGUACAGGCUGGCCGCCGAGGGUACUCACAACAUACCAUUCCGAAUGCGUCUACCUCUAGGCGGCGGAGCGAAGGGUACCUAUACUUCCCAGAACGGUAAGGGCCCAUGUGUAAGAUACGUGGUAGUUGGAUCAGUCAAGAUACAUAUACCUUCUACGGGUAAAAGGUCAAUAGCGCAUUUCUAUCGAUCAAUCGUGGUCUUACCUUAUCUCAACCCCAGUCUGGUCCUUUCACCCAGUAACGAACCUGUUGAGGGGUACACCGAGAGAGGUUUAGGCUGGAAUUUGACUGGGGAGAAAGGUAGAGUCGAGUUGAGGGUCAGUCUGGGUAGACGAAUUUGGGUUAGUGGACAGAGACUAUGGUGUGAGGUUGCUAUCAGAAACGAUAGUAAUAAAAAGAUCAAAACACUCAACUUGGCGUUGUUGCAAACUGUCCAAGUAUUCAACCCUCAACCUUUACUUGAUACCUCGGAUUUGACAACCAAACUGAUCAAAAAGCGUAAAUCGCUUCCUAACUGUGUAGGAGAAGGUGUCCCCGGAACACCGGAUCUUGACGCUUGUCAGACUACCACGCAAAGAAGGAAGAUCAGCGAAGAGAUCAUCGAAGCUGAUUUCAUCAGUCAUGGCGCUGGUAGAGUCACCGGUAAAGGUUGGUGGACAGGUGUCGAUUCGGGUGAGAGUGGUCAUUGGGAUUUGAGUUUACAAGUUCCGCCUGGGAUGUUAUCGAUAAGACGGACACGACUUAUCGAAGUUCAAUAUACUCUCCGAGUAACAGUCAAUGGAAGUAUCUACGUUGAUGUUCCUGUGCAACUCAUCAAUUUCCUUUCGAUCGAUCCACCUCCUAUGCCCAGAGACGGACCUGCUUUACUCAACCCACCUGUAUCGAACAAGCAACCUGUAUCUAAUGGUCAGAGUCGGGAUCUACAAGUCAUCAUAGGAGGAACAGGAGGAAUAUACCAACAGCCUGGACCUUCCAGCUCUCGUCCUGGUGCAAUCAGAAGUUCUUCGGAAUUCAGUGCGGACAGCGUGGAAGGAGCAGCCAGAGCGAGCAGUACGACUUUACACAUUGAUGCUCUCCUGCAGGCUGGUAGAUUGAGGGCAGAGGCAGAAGCUAUGGGUAACUUACCUCCUGCACUGUCCCAAACUCGCAGUGGGAUCGGUAAACCAAGGCCUUUGAGUCUCGGAUCAAGCUACAGUAUCUCGAAUAGAACCGACAUUCACAAUCUCACUCAAAUCGGAACGAAAUCAAAUCCGUCAUUGAAACCCAAAGGAGCGAGAGUGAUGUCAUGUAACUCGAGCUCUCACCAUAAUGAUUCACAAUCCAUCUUCUCUGGAGAAACUCAUGAUGAUGAGAAUGAUCAAGAUGUAAAUGCGAUCGAGAGUCCGGAAGAUAAGAUGAGAGUAGCUGCCAAACGAGCCUUAGCAAGGCAGAGAUCGUUAGCGGUGAUUCAUAGAGAUAUAGAUAAAGAGAAAAGAGAAUUGUACGGCGGUGAAGAACCUUUGAGUCCAGGUAGAGAACCUGAUACGCCCCUUCAAGGUGAAUUCAGACCUUGUCACACGCCGAGCGAAGAGGUUUAUGAGAUGAUUGGGAACACACCUGAGGAGGAUACUACGGAAGAAAAUCAGGAUCCAUUGCCGGUUGAAUCGCCCAAGGAGGAUUUCCAACGAAGACAGCUGAGAGUGGUUAAUACGGAUGAAAAUAAUGAUCACGACAACGAGGAUAACGAAGAAGAAGCUGUGACCCAUGAGGAUGAAGAUGUUUAUGGCGGACUUGAAAAUGUUGAAGAUACCAAUCAAGAAACGGAAGAAGCGAAAGAAGACGGGUUAGGCCUCGAGCUGGAUGUAGGUAACGAAACGGUUUUAGCGAACAUGAUACCUGAAGAAAGACAAGAACUCGAACAGGUGAUGUCUCAACAGGGACAUGAGGAUAACGUAUAUGAUUAUGGUGAAGAUGCUGAAAUCGAGGACGAUCACGAAGAUGAUCAGGAACAUCUACUCUCCCCAGCAAGGGACGUGGAACAACUCCCUUCGUCAACCUCUUCACAGAGAUUACCAUUUGCAUUUGAACCGUAUCAGCCUGGCCCAGAAAGAGAAAGAGAAUCUCAUAUCGCAGCCACUCGAUCGGUUUACGGUAGUUUCGCAGCUGGAUCGGCCGUCAGCGAACAGGAAUCAGAGGUUGGUCAAGUAUACGAGGUGGUCAAGAGAAACAUCUCGAUCAAAGUACCUUCCAAAUUGAUACCUCUAUCUUCAAACUCAACUGAGAAGGAAGAACAUGAAACAUCGUCAUCCCCAACAGAAUGUGACCAUGACAAUCAGAUCCAUCCGUCUUCCGCCCCAUUAACCAAAUCAUCAAGUAUCAGCCAUUCUCUCCUUGCUGAUGCUAGACGAGCAUCUUCUUCGCAGUUCAGAAAAGAUUCGAUGUCAAGUAUCAAUUCUAGUCCCGGUCCAACUGCACGAAGAGGUUCUUCGAUACUGGGUCAACCGCAGGGCAAUACCAGUGUUAUGUCAAGAAGAGAAUCUGCGACUAUGGGCACAGCAGGUCAUGGUCAGCCGUCGCCAAUGAGGAGGGAAGGAAGUUCAGGCACUAUCGCGACUUCGCCAAUUGCCGUUGCGAGAGUGCUUCAAAAGAAGAACUCAUUCACCUACGCUACUCCAGGUUCACCACUGAAGAUCCAAACUUCCUCUUCUGUACUUUCCACUUCGCCAGAGAAAGAAAGUAGGAUCCGAUCGUCUCCUGGUAUGAGUCCCAAGAGUUUAUCGCCCGUUCAUCGACCAAUGGAUAUGAUGAAGCUUCCUUCGAUGAACAGUCAACUCCGAAAUCAGAUCCUUCCUUGCGACUCAGACACGAAUUCAGGAUCUUCGGCAGACAAGAGAUCACCUGAUCUGAAUGGAGAUAGUGGUGAUGAAGGUGUAUUUGGUUUACCUGGAUUGGCACCUUCCGUAGCAUCUGAUUCAGCCUCUUCCUCAGAGGGACAUCAAUUAGAUUCGCCAAUCAGUCUCAACUCGUUACCUCAACCGCAUAUUCAGAGUCACUCGCCUAACCCCACAUCUCCUACUAAGAGAUUACUACCACUGGUGCCAGGUGCAUAUCAGCCUUUCUCAAUCGACCAGGACGUAUACCAACCUCAACAAAAGGAGAUGCUCAGUAAUCCUGAUUGGAGACCUGAUGGGUAUACUAGGAACUCACAGGUGUUACGUGUCCAGACUCAAGUAUAUCAUCAGAGCGAGAGACAGAAUCUUUUACCUAUCCAAAUGGAAGAAGAGAUGGCAUAUUCUGAAGAAAACGAAAAUAUACCGUCAUCACCCAGAUCAACUUCAUCAUGUCAUUCGAUGUUACCUUCAGUAAAGAACAAGAUCCUUCAAUUGGAGAAUCGUGAUGAGGCUUUGAGGAAGUUCAGCGUAUCCGGUUCGGUCCCAUCUUCAGUGGCUCCCAGUAGACAGACAAGUAUCGUCAGUCCCGAAUUAAUGAUGUCGAGUAGACAUAAUAGUUUGGUUCCGAUGUCAAGUAGACAGAACAGUCUGAUCCCGAAUACUGUGUUAUCAAGUCGACAGGGAAGUAUGGUCAACCCAAUCUCGAUGCCAAGUAGACAAAAUAGUUUAAUCCCUGGAAUGUCAACCAUCAAAGAAACGACCACGACUACGACCAGUCCAACUGUCAAACGAAAGAGUUAUACCACGGCAUUAGCACCUAAACCCAGUCCUCAAAGAAAAAUAUCCAACGAGACCUAUCAUUCAGCUGUACCCGCAAGUCCUGAAUCAGGUGUGAAUACACCCAUAGGAUAUCGAUACGAUCAACCUUCUUACCAAGCUCAAGUGCAGAAUAUCAAAGGAUUAGGUCAUACGACAUAUGUCAACAGACGAUCUUAUGGUUCACCUACUCAUAAGGAAGGUGAUUAUUUUAAUUACAGAUAUCGAAUGAAUGGACAAGGACAUGGACGAUCGGAUAGUAUAAACUCGAACACGCGAUCGGCGACUUCGAGCAAAGUAUCACCUUUGAAUGAGAGUCAACCGGUUUUAGAUCCAUUUGGAUUGAAUCAUCAUAACCAGACGGAAUCUCUCGAUGAAGUAGAAGUGAAGGAGAAGACGGUUAAAACCAAAGUCUCAGGAUUCUGGCAGAUGGGAGAUGACAACGGUAAUGGGGAGGACUCAAAUUCAGAUUUGAAAGUGUUCACUAGACAUGAUAGGGUCAGUGUCAGUGAGGGUGAGACCAGUGAGAGUGAAGGGUUGUUAUGA